GUGUACAUACAUACCUGACAUGUUUCAAUCUGUCUUAUAUGCAAAGAUAUAUCAGCAUAUUUAUAGCAAUUGGUUAUAAUUAAUUAAUUAUUUAGUUAUAUGCCAAAUUACUAUUUCAUUUUGCACUUUUAUUACUAUCAAACAUGAUCAAUCAAUAAUAAUUAUCUUGUUUAAAUGAAGUAAUAAUCCUUCGACUAAAAUGCCAAAAAUGGCGGCUGUUAUAUUGGUCAGCUAGUCAGUUAGUUAGUUAUACGUCAGUGGAGGAACAUGUGUGUAUACAUUUUUUUUAUACCGAAACAUUUGGCGUGAUUUCUGCUUUUAUAAGUACAAAAAAAACACAUUGGUAAAAGCCAAUGUUGGUAUUGGUGAUAUUAUAUUGCGUGCAUUGGAUUUGGUGACGAUUGUUGUUCCACCAGCACUGCCUGUAGUCAUGACUGUGGGUAUUGUUCUUGCUCAACGACGUCUACGCUCAAGUGAAAUAUUCUGUGUUAAUCCAAGUGUUAUCAAUGUCUGUGGAGUGAUUAAUGUGGCUUGUUUUGAUAAGACUGGUACUUUGACUGAAGAUGGCUUGGAUAUGUGGGGCAUUAUACCGUAUGAAGAUGGUCUAUUCGGUGAUCCAGAAUUGGAUCCAUCACAGAUAGAAAUUGGUCCAUUAAUGGAAUGUUUAGCUACGUGUCAUUCAUUGACACUGAUCGAAGGAGUUCUCUCCGGUGAUCCUGUUGACUUAAAAAUGUUUCAGUCGACUAAAUGGGAAUUUAUUGAAGAAGCUUCUGAUCAUUGUAAGUUUGAAAUGGCUGUCCCGGCUAUUGUACGUCCUUCAAGUGCAAACAGUGUGAAGAACAACGUUGCAAAAGAAGUUGAAAAUGAUGAUAUACCAUAUGAAGUGGGUAUUCUACGUCAAUUUCCAUUCAGUUCAUCGUUACAACGUAUGUCAGUCAUUGCUCGAGCAUUGAAUCGUAAUCAUUUCAGUAUAUACACUAAAGGUGCACCAGAGACAAUUGAACAAUUAUGCAGAUGUGAUACGAUUCCAAGUGAUUUUCAUUCAACGCUAUUGGAAUAUACACGUGAAGGCUAUCGAGUGUUAGCACUAGCCUGGAAACCAUUGAAAGCAAAUUAUGCAAAAGUACUGCGAGUUCCAAGAGAACGUGUUGAACAGGAUUUAUUAUUUCUUGGUUUACUUAUUAUGGAGAAUCGGCUGAAACCGGAGACUACACAAGUGAUUCAAACACUAAGAUAUGCUAAUAUUCGACCGGUUAUGGUCACCGGUGAUAAUAUGCUGACAGCAUUAUCAGUCGCACGAGAUUGUGAAAUGAUUGAUGAAUUGGAUCGGAUAAUUCUUGUAUCAGCAAAACCACCACCAUCUUCAUUUCAUCAGUCAUCUGACAUACAUGUAGUAGCGAAUAAUCCAACUGAUGCAUCAAUCCAAUCGUCCAAUAAUAUCACGUCAAAUCAACAAAAUAUCUAUUGUGUUAAUCCUACAGCUCUGUCUGCCCACAUGAUACAACCAGAGAAGAGUAAACCACACGGUCGUUCAAGUUUCAAUGCAACAGCUUCUUCAUUAUAUCAAGAAAAAUUUUUUGAACAACAAUUACAGCAACAGCAACAAGAUGAUUCACUAGUUGAAUUUCAUUACGCCGAAGAUUUACACAGACCUGUGACAGAAGUCACCGCUACUACGGAAACAUCACCAACACGGAAUUAUAAAUCUCAACGGGCUACAACUAGUAGUUCAUCUACCACUGAGAAGGAUAUAUCGCAUUCAUCGUUAAGAGAAUUUAAAAAAUCUCGUAAAUGGAUGCGUCGUAUAUGCAAAGGUGCUCCCUGUUUGCCAUCAGAUAGUGCAUCUCACUCUACGCCUGCUUCAAGUCCGUUAACUGAUGUCACACAAGUGCCAAAUGUCUCUUUGAGUGAUCAGUCCCGAUUGGAUUCAUCCGCUGAACAGAAGCAUCAACAUAAAAAUCAUCAAUACCAACCGAUAAAUGGUAUGUCAUGCCUAAGGGGUAGACAUCAGUCGACACCAGUGAAAACACCUCAUCCUGUCUCUAUACGUAUGCUUGAUCGACCUGAUUUCCAUCUGGCUAUGUCGGGUAAAACUUGGGCUAUCAUACGAGAACAUUAUCCUUGGCUUAUACCGAAGCUUGUAGUCAAGGGAACUGUGUUCGCAAGAUUUCUACCUGAACAAAAAGCUCAAUUGAUUGAAGCUCUCCAAUCGGUUGGUUAUUUUGUUUCAAUGUGUGGCGAUGGGGCUAAUGAUUGUGGUGCACUGAAGGUGGCACAUGCUGGAAUUGCACUAAGUGAAGCUGAGGCCAGUGUUGCUAGUCCGUUUACAUCGAAACAACAGAAUAUCAGUUGUGUGCUAACCCUUAUUCGUGAAGGUCGUUGUGCGUUAACUACUAGUUUUGGGGCAUUUAAAUUUAUGGUUGGCUAUUCAAUGAUUCAAUUUUUUUCAGCCAUCCUUUUGUAUUAUAUUGGCAGCAAUAUUUCAGAUUUUCAAUUUUUAUACAUCGACUUUUUUCUUAUCACAACUCUUGGUUUAACAUUUGGCUAUACCCCUGCUUAUCCCCGUCUGUCUGUGGAACCUCCUGGAAUGCGAUUAUUAUCCACUGUAACAUUAUUAUCUCUUGGUUUACAAUUGUUCACCUGUGCUCUUAUACAGUUCGCUGUAUUCACACUCAUUCGAAUGCAACCAUGGUAUUUGCCUCUGAAUACAUAUCAUGAAGACUACGAAUUACUGAACUAUGAGAGUACAGCGGUAUUUACUGUAUCCGUUUAUCAGUAUAUCAUAUUGGCUAUUGUCUUCUCUAAAGGAGCACCCUAUCGUCGAUCGAUUUUCUCUAAUUAUAUAUUUCUUUGCAACGUCGCUGUAUGCGUCGGUGCAUCUCUGUAUCUAACCACUCACCCAACUUAUAUUAUUCGUCACUUAUUCGAGCUUUGUCGAAUACCUUCAGUUAUUUUUAUACUUAUCCUGCAUGGAAUAGCCCUGGGGAAUUUAUUAUUUGGAUGUAUCUUGGAGUCGAUUGUAGACGGUGUAUCAUUUCGUCAACGUAUACGUCAUAUUCGAUUAGCCCUGUUCCCUAGACAUGUUGCACGUAAAGAUUAUGAACGUAUACGUGAUGAAAUUGAUCGUUUAGCUGGUGUCUGGCCACCAAUUAUACGAUCUGCAAGUGUACAAGCAUUACCAAGAGAACUUUUCAAUGAGGCUAAUGUUAACGCAGAAGUUGCAUCGCAAUUAAAUUAUUCAAGAAAACGUUAUAACUCUGGACUUUCAACAGAUAGUGAAGAUAACGAUAAUGAUGCUGAUGAUAUUAAUAAUGGUGACAAUGUUUCAAUUAGCUGUCAUAUGAAAGCUCAAUUAUAUAAUCCUGUAAAUGAUACUGCCACUACUCCAACUCACUUUCUACCGACAUCGGAUAAUCCACCGAAAAGUGUUAUAGAGAACAAUCCUACUCGUAAGAAACGAACACGUUCCACUAGUAGCCAUAGACGACAUUCUUUUCACACGGGUGACCUAGACAGGAAAGAAGCGAAACGUUCUACUUCAAGAGAAGAUGCACCGAAACAACACGCAUCUAUAGUCUCCAAGAUAUCCGACGAUGAACAUGUACGAUCACACAGUGGACGUAGACAUGAUGCACAUUAUAAUAAACAACAUAUUGUUGAUGCUCAACCUCAACUGAACGCAUUCCAUUCAUCUACAAAUUGUUGA